UGACAGAUCUCAAGUCACCUGUGACAUCAAGAUCAUUGUCAACAAGUUCCAUGUGGUCCCGUGGCUUCAUCCGCACCGUAAAACACUGCUGAAGAAAUUAGAUUCUUGUGAAAAGCUUGAGUUAUUUAUAAAAAGUAGUACUUGACAAUGGAAUCAGAAGGUGCAAAGUCCAAACACAAAUUCAAUAGACGUUGCUAUUUGAAACGAGAGCUUCGGUCAAAAUUUGGAAGUCAGCAAGAAGGUCAUGGCCGAGCAUUCCUACAGAAGAGGGCCGUGGUGAGGCAGCACCUGCGACUAAAGAACAAGACACUGGCAAAGGAGAUGAAACAGCUUCAUGACCUUCAUAAUGUUUGUGAAGAAGGUGCUGCUGAAACAAAGGUGGAAAACAGACUCACUGAUGCCAGCACAGAUGACUCCCCACUCUCCUCUAGCCCACGGAAAAAUAGACCCAACAACCUGCGGAGAGCCAGAGCAGCAUACAAGAAGAAGAUUGAGGAGAAGCAGCAGAAACAAGAGGAGGUGACAAGCAGAAGGGAAGAGGCAGAGGCAGCCAAGAAGAAAUACAAAGAAAAAAGGCUUCACAGGUUUAAGAAACUUAGUCAAAAAACUAGAAAGGGCCAGCCUGUCAUGCGAGGAAAGAUAGAGCUUAUGCUAGAGGCAUUACAGCAGUCAGCUAAUUCAUGAAUUUUUUUUUUAUUCUUUACUAUGUUCUUAAUAAACAGAAGUCAGUCCUCUUUA